UAUAAUUAAAAAGUUGGACUUCUGUUUAUAUACUUAAGAAACUUGUUUAUCUACCAACUGAACCAAAUUGGUUAUCUCUUGGACAAUAUAUACAAACACAAAUUCAUAGCUAUAUCAUUUUUCUUUACCCCUUAGUUUCUCACUUCUGUGGCUAUAUAAACCCCUUCAAGCCUAAUGGUUGCGCCUCACUUUCAAAACUUAAAAGAGUGUCUCAUUUAAUUUCGAUUAUAAUAAACCUUAAGUGUUUGUUGCCAGCUUCUUUGAGAGACCCCAAUAUGUGUUCUUUUUCUUCAGAACAACCACCAUAUGCUCCUCUUGCUUUUGCCCUUCACCGUAGUCCAUGGCCCUCCAAGAGACAGCACCAGCACCUUCGCUUGAGCCUCCAUAAAAGAAGGAGAGCGCAAUUGCAAGAAGCAAGGAGGAAAAAGAUGAUUGUGUUGAAGACAGAAAUCAAGAUGAGAAACUUGAAGUUGUAUAUGGAGAACCAAAGCAUCAUAGAGGAGAAUGAGAAGUUGAGGAAGCAAGCAGUGCUUCUUCACAAAGAGAAUCAGGCCCUCUUGCUUCAACUCCAAAAGAAGUUUUCUGAACAAAAUAACAGCAAAACCAAUUAAUAGCUAUAAUUAGCUAGCUAAUAUAUACACUUAAUUUUGUUAAGGCCAAAAACUAGGAAAAUUUGAAGGGUUUGUAAUUGAUCCUUCUUUAUGCGGAACCCUGAAUCUUAGAUGUAUUUCUUUUGUAUCAUUUGUUCCUCAGUAUUAUGUUACUAAACUUAAAUGUCUUGCAAGAGUUUAAUUGUAAACCACUACAAGAAACAUAGUACUGAGCAAUGUUACUAUAUAUUAGUUUUAUUUUGUCAA